CCUCCGUCCUGGACCGAGCACGACAGGAAGCGCAGCAGACACGGGUGCCUCAGAGUCUUCAGGUGCUGCAGGAAAUGAAUAGUAGGAAGACGGAAAAGGGGGGAAUGUUAAGCAGCUGAAGUUGCAGUGAUACCCGUUGGUUUCCCUCCUUUAAAGGAAAGAGCAUCAUAUUAAUCAUAGGAAGGUUUCACUUCCGUAACAAAACAAAAAAAGGCAGAGGAAGUGAUGAUAUGCUUCAGAUGACGAUUUGGGCUGGAUACCGUAGUAACUAAACAGCAGAAAAAGAAAAGAAAACACCCACUCUCAUGUGGUGAAAGCAGGAGACAACAUGGACGAGCUCGAUUUGCUGUUAGAAGAGUUGGCCCUCAAUUCCGUGCACUCCGGAAGCGAGAUCAGCAGCAAAGACGCCGCUGCAGAGGUGACAGGUGCAGUUCAUGGUGGAUUUACCAAAAAAGAGAAAGUGUGCUCGGUGUACAGUGACCUGCCGGCUCCUGUAGCAGCUUCUUGUUCUCUUGACUCUCCCACUAAGGAGCUGGACGCUAUCUUGCUGAGUUUCCUGGAAGAAGUGGAGCCAGAGUCUUCAACAACCCCUCCGCCUCUGAGGCAAAAACAGUCUGUGAAAGGAAAAACAAAAGGCGGGCCAGAGGAGAACAAGGAGAGCAGCGGCACAGCAGCUCCAGAUGCAGCAAACGCCCGGACCACGGGCGACAAAACGGAAACAAUAGACGAGCUGCUGGGAGGGCUGAGCUCUGAUUUGGAGAAGAUCGGCGUCCGCACCGCGGCCAAGGGCCAUUGUGCUUCCUGCAACAAGUGCAUCGUGGGAAAGAUGAUCACGGCGCUGGGUCAGGUGUGGCACCCUGAGCACUUUGUGUGCGAGGCGUGCAAGGCCGAGCUGAGCACCUCGGGCUUCUUUGAGAGGGACGGUCGGCCGUACUGCGACAAAGACUACCACCAGCUCUUCUCUCCCCGCUGUGCCUACUGCAAGGGGCCCAUCGUCACGAACAUCCUGACAGCUCUGGACCAGACCUGGCACCCCGAGCACUUCUUCUGCACACACUGCGGAGGCCUGUUUGGACCCGACGGUUUCCUGGAGAAGGAUGGGAAGCCCUACUGUUGCAAGGACUUCUACCACCUCUUUUCCCCCAAGUGCUCCGGCUGCGGGGAGUCGGUGAGGGAGAACUACCUGACUGCAGCCAACGGCACCUGGCACCCAGAGUGCUUCGUCUGCGCGGACUGUCUGAAGCCCUUCGCCGAUGGCUGUUUCAUGGACUUGGACGGCCGACCCCUCUGCUCCCAGCACUUCCACUCGCGGCAGGGCACCCUGUGCGGCGGCUGCGGCGAGCCCAUCGCGGGCCGCUGCAUCUCUGCGCUCGGCCGCAAGUUUCACCCCGAGCACUUUGUGUGCGCCUUCUGUCUGCGGCAGGUCAGCCAGGGCAUCUUCAAGGAACAGGAAGGGAAACCGUACUGCACGGCGUGCUUCGACAAACUCUUUGUGUGAGACGUCUGAGGCGCGGCGGGGACCAAUCAAACGCAGCAUCGGGGCCAUCGGCGGGAUUACAAUGUCUCCGUAGGAUGAGUGAUGCAUGCAGGCUAUUCUUACAUCACAGCACGAGAGUUGAAUUUUAUUCUAUAUCUCAUAUUGCAAAUAAACAUACUGGACGUUUUUAUGAAUUGCAAUUGAAUAACUAUUGAUAGAGUUUGUAAAAACGUCAGGAAAAAAAUGCUCACGUUUUAACAUAAUUAAUGACGUGGUUGAAAAACACACAGAGAAUUCCCAUAUUCUUUGAUAAAAAAAACUCUGAAGGAUCAUUUCACAUAUAGGAAUUUUUCGACAAGGUGUGUUGCUGACACUUGGGCUGAAUUACAUAGGAUUUCAUACAUCACCAUCACAUGAAAUUCAUAAACGGAGCAAGAAAAAGCAGUUUUAAUCUGUGGUUUCCAUUAUGCUCCCCUCAGUUUGCUGUAAGACUUGGCAGUCUGGAGGGGGCUUGUCUACGGCUGCUGAUAGCUUGUAUUGGCAGGGACUGGCAUGGAAUCGGCGUGCCAACCCCAGUUUCCUCUUACUCUGACUUUAGCGUUUGGCCCCUGGCGUGCACUAGAUUCAAACAACCUCGUCCUCCUCCACACAGGUUCCUUUAUGGACGCCUAUAGAAGAUUAAUGAAGGCGGUGAUGUGAACAGAGGUGGUUUCAGGAGGACCUUCUUCACAUCACUGCAUCUCUUCAGCAACUCACUUUUACUGUUGAGGGAUAAAUCAGCCCCAAAGUGCCGUCGAGUAAAUUCAAGUAUUUUUGUUCACUCCCGCUGGCAGUUUUAAUGAUUUGUUGAGAAAUUUGCAGGCCAGUCAGGAUGUAGCAAAAAAUGUUUUACAUAUUUCAAGUUGAGUAUUUUUUGCCAGUUCUGCAGAAUCACAUCAUAAAAAAAAGAAAUCAAUGUUUUCAUUAAUGCCCACAAUAAUUUCCAAAUAAAAUAUGGUCUUGA